AUGGCUGGCAUCGCACCUGGAGUGGUUGAUGAAGUGAACUCCAUCAUAGAUGAUGACAGUUUUCCCAUACUGCAGAAAGUAGACAAGAUCUUUCAUACCUUGAAGGUCAAUGGCUAUGGAUACCACCAGACUGUUUUGCCAAAGGAAACACUGACCCACCCUAGCAAUAAGGGAGGAAGCAUGCUGAAUGCAACUGAUGUGUGGGAAAAGGGCUUGAGAAUGCUGAAGGUUGGAGUGGCACCUCAACUCCUCAAUGAAGGUGCUGUAGCCUUUGAGCUGGCCACUGACAAGACCAUGAGAGAACAGCAGGUGGCUGCCAAUGUGAAGCUUGUCAAGGCCUCCAACAACACACUGGCUAGUGUGAAUUUCCAAGAGAGAUUCCUUACUGUUGCCACAUCCCACACCGCUGCAUUUUGCAAGGCAGUGGAGCAGGGAGUGAAGCCAGGUUUGGAAGAGGCCACCACAAUUGAUAUGAAGCAAGACCCUGGCUUGCAAGCUCUUUGCACUAGUGGUUGGCCAUUUUUUGUGAUGCGCAGUGCAGUGGAGAUCCAAUGGCCUGAGCUGCCCAGCUAUAUUCAAUCUGCAUUGAAUGUGGUGAACAACUCCUACCAACAAAUGACAGAGAUUGAAGCUGCCAGCCAAAUGUGCCAGUUCCUGAAACAUGGCCUUGCAUUGCCAGAUGCUUUGGCAAGGGUUGAAGAAUGUGACCCAGUGUGCAAAAGGUCAUUGGAAGCAAUUGCGUACUAUGUCUCCAAGUAUGCAGGUGAAAACCAGAACAUUAUUGACUUCCUGGCGCAAUUCAGCAAGACCUAUGGAACAUUGCUGCUUGGAGAAGAUAUGAUGAAGGGUAUUGCUUUCCUCGAGCUGAAGGACUCCACCUCCAUGUUCACCUUUCUGAGGGCUGCAAUGUGGUGCACAAUGAUGUCCAGCGACAAAGCCCAAGAUGGGUACUCCAAGCUCUUGACCAAAGCAGAUUGUGAGAGGUUGAAAUCAAAAACAUUGAAGAAGGAAGUGGAACAAUGUGAGCAGAUCUUGUCAGACUCAUGGGAGCUAAUGCAAAGUUCCAAAUCAGAAGAGGGUAUCCAAGUGAAAGCCUUUGGUAAAUUAUGUGUGAGAUUGGUGCUUCAUGUAUUGAAGAAGGAAAAAUGGGGAAGAGAGCCCCAGGGCUGGGAGAGCACAAAGGCAAUUUGCGAAGCAUUCACAAAGGAAUUGACACUGAAGAAGGAUGCCAAGUGCCCUCCUUCCAAGGAGAAGAGCAAGGUCACUGAGAUUGAUUUGGAUGUCAAGGAUGUAUUGAAAAGCAAGCCUGCUGAAAUUGCUUUCCUGCAAAACCCUCAUAUGCAGAAAAAUGCACAGUAUGCAUGCACCAAACAACAUGGGAGCAAAGUGUGGACAUUGGUGGGCACAACUGACACCACCUUUAACUUCAGUCACCAGCCCAUCUUUGGUCCUGUGGAGAACAUUGAAGUGGAAUUUGCAAAUUUAAAGGAAUGGAAGAAGAGCAAAGCUGCAUUGGCAGAAAGAUGCGAGCCAACAGCUGCCUUUGUGCACUUUGUUGACCAAUCUGGGGUUGUGAGUGUGGAGCUGCAAAGGGCACAUGUCCAGAAGACAUUGCUGCAGCUCUGUGUGGACAAUCCUGUUUUGACAGAUGACAUUUUGUUCACCAAGAAUCCAUGCGCAGUGUACACACAAAAAGCUAUCAAGAAAAAGGCAUUGAAGCUCUACCCAGCUGGCACUGUGUCAAUGGUGAAGGAUGAAAAGCCAGAUAAGUACUACAUCCAAGCCUAUGACAAGCUUUGGCUCAUUGUGCCUUUCAAGCCUCUCACUGACUUUAAAGGUGGUGGUGGAGGUGUGCUUUGCCCUUUCUGGUGGGUGAAGUCUGCAGAGGAUGGAUUGCUCACUUUGUCUGAGGUGAAUGUGGAUGGCUGCAAGAUUCCUUUUAUGGUGAAUGCUGGCCCAUUGAGCAAUGAAACUCUCUUGAGCCUGAGUGUCCCUCAGAAAGAUGGAAGCAAAGAGCCACCUGCUAAGAGACAGAAGGCAAAGUAG